AUGUCUAAUACGGCUUCUGGCCAGUCUCGGCCAGACGACGCCAGAUGCUAUAACUGUGGCGACCCUGGCCAUUGGACUGUUGCAUGUCCAGAACCCACCAGGGAAACUCCUGCUGGCCUCGCAGCCUGGAGAAACGCCAACGCUCCUGGACACGGAGGUAAUAGAGACCAUGGUGGUCCCAAAAAGUCUAAAGGUCCCAUCAUCACCAAAUAUGCACCUGCGCCUGUGCCAGCAUCAGCACCAAGCGUGGCUCGAUACGGUCCUCCUCCAGGAUAUGGGCCUCCUCCACCUACACACUACCCCGGAGGACCUCCCUCCUAUCCUCCGCAAUACCCUCCUUACGGAUCCUCAGCAUCUAACUACGCACCACCUGGCUACGCACCUCCAGGCUACUCUAACCCAUAUCCUCCACCUUCUUAUGGUGGUCCUCCCCCAGGUCUUCCGGCAGCACCUCCCAGGCCUCCCGGCACAUACGCUUCUCCCCCUCCGCCUCCUCCUCAACCUCAAGCGCAUCCACCUCCAUAUCCACCGCGCGCAUAUGGUCCUCCGCCUCGUCAAGACCACGUCCCCUACCCUCCACAGCCUCAUUAUCCCCAUUAUCCACCGCCAGCUUCAGCACCAUAUGCUCAGCAUCCACCGCCGCCAUCAUACCCGCCCCCUUAUCCCUCUCACAGCGCGCCUCCGUCGUAUGGGCACCCUCCACCUUCGCGGCCCCCUAUCCCGUCACCAGCACCGCCUCCUGCAUCACGUCCACAUCGACCAGCUUCAUCCUCAUUACCACGCCAGAAUUCUGCCUCAACAUUACCUUUGCCAGCUUCCUUGCCCCCUAAACCCUCUCUACCCCCUAAACCACCACAGCCCAAUCAGCAUGGUCAACCUGGUAGGGGACGGCGGGACUUUCCUGACCAUUCUCGAGAUCAUCGCAACAAGCGAAAGAAUGACCGACACUCUCGUAAUCACGAUAAUCGACAAAAGAAGAACCAGCCCCAUUCUCGGCCGGAUCAGAAGCCACAAGAGAACAACAACAGACGCCCCGAUCCCAAGACACCCAAUCAUCCUAAACCUGCGCCGUCUCCUCAACAGGGGGAUCAGAAAGCCUCAACAACUGCUGUUAAACCAAAGUCAAGCCCGCCUGCUGAUUCUCCUGAAACUAAAAAGGUUCAAGUUGAAACUCCUAGACCUGAUUCAUCACAGAGACCAGAUAUAGCACCGGAAAAGGCUGUCGACGAUGAGUUUGAAUGGGACAAGAAUGCCAUAUUCGCAGAGCCAGAGCCACGUCAUCCACCAGAUGAGGUUGGUAAGCCAUUGCCGGCAGAAUAUAAUGAUGAGGUGCUUCUUCCAAGAAAAUGGGAUGCAAAAUGCAUCGAGUCGGACUAUGUUCAAGCUGACAAUAUCGAGGAAUACGUGAAGCCAAUACACGAAACUCCGUACUGGUCAAAGAUCGAACACGACCCCGCGUUCGUACGAGACGGCAAGCUUCCUAGCGGAUACCCCAUUGCCAAUCUCCCGCCAAGACCACCACCAAAACUUGAGGAGAUCGUUCGGAGCGAAAGUUCCGAAAGUGGCGAGGUCCAUGAACGACUUGCGAAACGAGAUCCAGAAGCUCUUUCGACGCCAGCCGCAGAGGAUCACGGGGCCGGCAUUCACUCUCGCGUGAUUCGUACGUUCCGCAAGGACGCAGGUCACGUCCAGACCGGUACCAACCAGACCGGGAUAGAGAUCAUAGCCGUGGUCGUGGGCGUCGUCGGAGCCGUACUCGAAGUCGCAGUCGAGGCCGCAGUCCGAGUCGGAGUCGAAAUCGGAGUCGAAAUCGCAGCCGCAGUCCUAGUCGCAGCCGCCGCCGCAAUCGAACCCCAACGUCGCGCGACUCAUCAGUAUCUGCUGCAUCUUCAGGAUUGGAUUCCUUGGAAGCCGAAUUGCUGGGACGAGAUACUAAAGCAAAGACUCCUGAAGGAUCUCCACGGCCGAAGUCGUCCUUGUCAGGGCUCAAGCCAAAACGGCGACAAGCGAAGCUCGAUUCAGCGUACAGUCGUCGUUGGUAGGCCACAAAAAGAAAAUGGCUGCGUAUUACAGCUUCUCAACGUUACUGGUACAUCAUGUUUUCUUUCUUCCGUUCCCCAACCUGGAACCGCAACUCGCGUUGCAAUGAUUCCAUGUAUCUAG